GUCUUCCUCUUAGCCAUCUUCGUUCGAAGGUCUCAGCCAUGAAGACAACUUUGGCAUCACAGACAGUGGAAAUCCCGGACGAUGUCCAGGUAUUUCUUAAGAGCCGUGUGGUCACAGUUAAAGGUCCCAGGGGAACUUUAAAGCGCAACUUCCGUCACUUGAGACUUGAGUUGACAAAAGUCGGAAAGAACAAAAUAAGAGUUGAUGUGUGGUUUGCUUCUCGAAAAGAGUUGGCCUGUGUUAAAACCAUUGUUAGUCAUAUUGAGAAUAUGAUCAAGGGAGUCAUCUAUGGCUUCAGAUACAAGAUGCGUUCAGUCUAUGCUCAUUUUCCUAUCAACAUCACCAUUCAAGAAGAUGGAAAACUUGUAGAAAUCAGAAACUUUUUGGGUGAGAAGAUUAUCAGAAGAGUUCGUAUGAGAGAUGGUGUUAGCUGUUACAACUCACCAGGUGUCAAAGAUGAGAUCACUCUCGAUGGCAAUGAUUUAGAACUUGUAUCAAACUCUGCUGCUCUCAUCCAUCAAUCAACACUUGUCAAAAGAAAAGACAUCAGAAAGUUCUUGGAUGGUAUCUAUGUUUCUGAGAAAACCACUGUUGUUGCAAUGGACUAGUGCCAUGGAUGACUGAAAAUGUGUAAUAAAGAAUAUCAUCUUGA